GUAAAGCGGAGGCAGCGGGGGAAGAUGGCGGCGGUCGUUCCGCAGCGGGCCUGGACCGUGGAGCAGCUGCGCAGCGAGCAGCUCCCUAAGAAGGACAUUAUCAAGUUUCUGCAGGAUCACGGUUCAGAUUCGUUUCUUGCAGAACAUAAGUUAUUAGGAAACAUUAAAAAUGUGGCCAAGACAGCUAACAAGGACCAUUUGGUUACAGCCUAUAACCAUCUUUUUGAAAGUAAGCGUUUCAAGGGUACUGAAAGUAUAAGCAAAGUGUCUGAGCAGGUGAAAAAUGUGAAGCUUAAUGAAGAUAAACCCAAAGAAACCAAGUCUGAAGAGACUCUGGAUGAGGGUCCACCAAAAUAUACAAAAUCUGUUCUUAAAAAAGGAGAUAAAACCAACUUUCCCAAAAAGGGAGAUAUUGUUCACUGCUGGUAUACAGGAACACUACAGGAUGGGACUGUUUUUGAUACUAAUAUUCAAACAAGUUCGAAGAAGAAGAAAAAUGCCAAGCCUUUAAGUUUUAAGGUUGGGAUAGGCAAAGUUAUCAGAGGAUGGGAUGAAGCACUCUUGACUAUGAGUAAAGGAGAAAAGGCUCGACUGGAGAUUGAACCAGAAUGGGCUUAUGGAAAGAAAGGACAGCCUGAUGCCAAAAUUCCACCAAAUGCAAAACUAAUUUUUGAAGUGGAAUUAGUGGAUAUUGACUGAAAUAGUAAAGACAUCAGCAACAAUAAAACACGGCCUUGAAGAAACUUGGGUGUCUAGAACUGGUUACUAUUGUAAGGGAAGAGUCAACUGGAAAAUUCAAGAAGUUAAGUUAGAACUUGUUUACUUGAUCCCCAACAACUUCUAAGAAAUGUAAUCCAUUAUAAAUCCUUGAAGUUUAAAAUAUUUUACUACAGCUGUGUAGAAUAUCACUUAAAGAGAACUGACUUGCCUUUUACCUCAUGUUGUAAACUAAAAGGCUCAAUAAAAAUUUAUCC